AUGGCGCUGCGGGCUGCACAACUCUUCUCUCCGCGGCUCUUGCUCGCCACGGCUUGUCUUUUGCUUGCUAGUGAACCCCAGUCGGUUCUCUCUUGUCCGAGUCGGUGUUUAUGUUUUCGAACCACUGUGCGAUGUAUGCAUCUGAAUCUGGAAACAGUACCAGCUGUCUCACCGCAGACCACCAUUCUGGACUUGAGAUUCAAUAAAAUCAAGGAUUUUCAACCAGGAUCUUUCAGCCGAUUAAAGAACCUCAACACACUCCUCCUCAACAACAAUCAUAUACGAAGAAUCCCCAGAGGAGCAUUUGAAGACCUUGAAAACCUCAAAUAUCUCUAUUUGUACAAGAAUGAAAUCCAAUCAAUUGACAGACAAGCAUUUAAGGGGCUUGUCUCUCUUGAGCAACUGUAUCUGCACUUCAACAACAUAGACUCAUUGGAACCUGAAUCAUUCAGUCAUCUACCAAAGCUUGAACGAUUGUUUUUGCACAACAACAGAAUCACCCAGCUGGUCCCAGGAACCUUCUCUAAUCUGCAGGCUAUGAAACGACUGCGCCUGGAUUCCAAUUCAUUGAACUGUGACUGUGAGUUGCUGUGGCUGGCGGACCUUCUGAAACAGUAUGCAGAAUCAGGAAAUGCCCAAGCUGCUGCCACGUGCGACUACCCGAUCCGCUUGCAGGGAAGAUCAGUGGCCACACUAACAGCUGAGGAGCUCAGCUGCGAGGUGCCCAGGAUCACUUCAGAGCCUCAGGAUGUGGAUGUUAUAUCUGGGAACACGGUCUACUUCACCUGCAGGGCUGAGGGAAACCCUAAACCACAGAUCAUCUGGCUCCGCAAUAACAAUGCUCUUAACAUGCGGGAUGACAGCCGCCUGAACCUGCUAGAGGAUGGUACACUGAUGAUUCAGAACACAAGAGAAACCGACCAGGGAGUCUAUCAGUGUAUGGCCAAAAAUGUGGCUGGGGAGGUCAAGACCUCUGAGGUUACGCUGCGAUAUUUUGGAACACCUUCACGGCCAAGUUUUGUCAUCCAGCCCCAAAACACAGAAGUUCUGGUGGGUGAGAGUGUGACUUUGGAGUGCAGUGCCACAGGCCAGCCACAACCCCGAAUUUCUUGGACAAAGGCGGACCUGACGCCACUGCCAAACGACGCUCGCAUUAACAUCACUCCCUCUGGAGGGCUUUAUAUUCAGAAUGUGGUCCAGGCUGAUGGAGGGCAGUACACCUGUUUUGCCUCCAAUAAUGUUGAUACAAUUCAGGCGGCAGCUUAUAUCAUUGUUCAAGCAACCCCCCAGCUCACGGUCACACCACAGGAUCAAUCAGUCCUGGAAGGCCACUCUGUGGAUUUUCAAUGCGAGGCAACAGGUUAUCCCCAGCCAGUUAUUGACUGGACUCGAGGGGGCAACCCAUUACCUCUGGGCCGCCGAUACUCGAUUUUGUCUUCUGGAACUCUCCGAAUCACUCGGGUGGAGGUUAACGAUGAGGGGCAAUAUGAGUGCCAGGCUGCCAACCCAGUAGGGACUGUCCGCACCACCGUACAGCUCAGCAUCCAGCAAAGAGUAACGCCUGCUUUCACAAAUACUCCAAGAGACAUGACAGUAGAAUCUGGUCAGGACGUCCAGAUUCCUUGCAGCGCUCAGGGUCAUCCACAACCUAUCCUUACCUGGAACAAGGAUGGCUUACAGGUUACAGAGAGUGGUAAAUUCCACAUCAGCCCUGAUGGGUAUUUAGAAGUAAAGGAUGUCGGCACGGCUGAUGGAGGCCGCUAUGAGUGCGUAGCCCGCAAUGCCAUUGGUUAUGAGGUUACUAGCAUGGUGCUAACCGUCACAGUUCCAGCAGUGAGCAGACAGGGAGACACCUUCGUGACCACUUCCCUAGAGCAGGCGAUCCGUAAUGUUGACAGCGCUAUUGAGUCUACAAGGAGACGUUUGUUUGAUGGUCAGCCUCGUACCCCAGGAGAGCUUCUUGCACUUUUCCGUUACCCACGUGAUCCUUACACAGUGGAGCAGGCUCGUGCUGGCGAGAUUUUUGAGCAGACUCUGCUUCUCAUCCAGAGCCAUGUCAACCAAGGUCUCAUGUUCGACACCAGCGGCACUGAGUUUCGCUACAAUGACCUGGUAUCCCCACACUUUCUGGACGUUAUCGCCAACCUUUCUGGCUGCACAGCCCAUCGCCGCAUCAACAAUUGUUCUGACAUUUGCUUCCACCAAAAGUACCGCACUCAUGAUGGCACCUGUAACAACCUGCAGCACGCCAUGUGGGGUGCCUCACUAAUCCCUUUUGAACGACUCCUGAGAUCAGUCUACGAUAACGGCUUUAAUCUUCCAAGAGGAGCCACUGGGCAGCCACAAAACAACUACAGGUUGCCUCUGCCGAGGUUGGUGUCCACCACUAUGAUCGGAACAGAGUCCAUCACGCCAGAUGAUCAAUACACUCACAUGCUAAUGCAGUGGGGUCAGUUUCUCGAUCACGACUUGGACGCAACUGUGGCGGCCCUCAGCCAGUCACGUUUCUCCGACGGACAGCUGUGCACUCAGGUCUGCACCAAUGACCCGCCAUGUUUCCCAAUCCUGUUCCCACCCAACGAUCCACGGCAGCUGAGAAGCGGUGCCCGCUGCAUGUUCUUUGUGCGCUCUAGUCCUGUGUGCGGCAGUGGGAUGACAUCUCUGCUCAUGAAUAGCGUGUACCCCAGAGAGCAAAUCAACCAGCUCACCGCUUACAUCGACGCCUCAAACGUCUAUGGUAGUUCACGUCAUGAAUCUGAGGAGAUCCGCGACUUGGCCAGCCAACGGGGUUUGCUGCGACAGGGAAUUAUCCAGCGGACCGGGAAGCCUCUACUGCCUUUUGCUACGGGACCUCCCACCGAGUGUAUGAAGGAUGAAAAUGAAAGUCCGAUUCCCUGUUUCUUGGCUGGGGACCACCGUGCCAACGAACAGCUGGCACUUACUGCCAUGCACACAGUAUGGUUCAGGGAACACAACCGGAUAGCCACAGAGUUACUCAGGCUGAAUCCCCAUUGGGAUGGGGACACAAUCUACCAUGAGGCCAGGAAGAUAGUAGGAGCCCAGAUGCAACACAUCACAUAUAGUCACUGGUUGCCAAAGAUCCUAGGAGAGGCUGGCAUGAAGAUGAUGGGGCCGUACACAGGUUAUGACCCCAAUAUUAACGCGGGCAUCCUCAAUGCUUUCGCCACUGCGGCGUUCCGCUUCGGACACACCCUCAUUAACCCGAUACUCUACAGGUUAGAUGAGGACUUCCAGCCUAUCACCCAGGGUCACAUCUCCCUGCAUCAGGCCUUCUUCUCGCCCUUUCGCAUCGUGAACGAGGGUGGCAUUGACCCAUUGCUCCGCGGGCUCUUUGGCGUGGCGGGUAAAAUGCGGGUCUCCUCACAACUGCUCAAUACAGAGCUGACUGAAAAGUUGUUCUCUAUGGCCCACGCUGUGGCCUUGGACCUGGCAGCCAUGAACAUACAGAGAGGAAGAGAUCAUGGCAUACCGCCGUAUAAUGAUUACAGGACCUUUUGCAACCUGACUUUGGCUCAGACAUUCGAGGAUUUGAGGAACGAGAUUAAGAAUCCUACUGUCAGGGAGAAGCUAGAGAGGCUUUAUGGAACUCCUCUGAACGUCGACUUGUUCCCCGCCCUAAUGGCAGAAGACCUGGUUCCUGGCAGUAGGCUUGGGCCUACCCUCAUGUGUCUGCUGGCAUCUCAGUUCAAACGCCUUCGAGAUGGAGACAGGUUCUGGUAUGAAAACCCAGGAGUGUUCACGCCUGCGCAGCUGACUCAACUGAAGCAAGCCUCUCUGUCUCGGGUGCUAUGUGACAACGGAGAUAACAUCACACGUGUGCAGCAUGAUGUCUUCAGGGUGGCAGAAGCGCCCCAUGGCUACAGCAGCUGUGAAAAUAUCCCGCAGGUCGACCUGCGCAUGUGGCAAGACUGCUGUGAAGACUGCAGGACCAAAGGUCAGUUCAACGCGCUGUCUUACCACUUUAGAGGGCGCAGGUCAGCUGAUCACAGUUACAGAGACAGCAAACCUGCUGACGGCAUCAACAGUGUCACGGAAGAAUCCAAAAUAAGCUUAGUCAAUGUUACUAUGACCUCCAAAAAAAGCACUGAUCCCCCAGUUAGUGAAUUCCAGGACUUUGUUCACGAUAUGCAGAAGACGAUCACAAGCUUACGCAAACAGAUAAAACGACUGGAGGCUCGUCUGAGCAAGACUGACUGCACUGACACUAACGGGCGUGAGCGGACAGAUGGAGAGAAGUGGCAACAGGACCCGUGCACUCAAUGUGAAUGCAAAAACACCAGAGUCACCUGUUUUGUCCGGUCUUGUCUGCCUGCGCCGUGCAAACACCCCGUCAAGCGAAAAGGCGCCUGCUGCCCCGUGUGCUUGGAUUUAGCCAAGUGGCAAAAAGCAGAGCGCAACCAUGAGUAA